AUGUUUUUCAGAAGCAGUUGGAAGCACGCCAAUCUUCCUAAGAUUUUCCUUAGAAGAACUAGCAACGCUUCUGUCAAGAUUCAAAAUUCAAAGUUUUCAGGCUACACUGCCUUAGGUGUUGGUACAAUCGCUGUUGGAUAUUUCAUUGGAAAAACACUCAAUUCACCUGGUCCUACAAAUGAUUCUGCUAGUUCAUCGUUCUUCUUUAAGCGCCAAAACGCUGGCUUAGAAGAUCCUUCAACUACACCAUUAUCUUCAAUAGACCCUCCGGUAUAUGCCAAUGAAAAACAAUUCAAAGAAGGUUUAAAUAAAAUCAUUGCAAUUGUGGGAAAACAAAACGUUCAAGAUGACAAGGCGGUUCGCGAUUCCCACAACGAUUCUCAUUUCUCAAGUCACCAUCCACCAGAUCCCACAAAGCAAAGACCCGAAGUUGUUAUUACCCCAUCAUCUACAGAACAAGUGUCCAAGAUUAUGAAAAUAGCUCACGAGUAUAGAAUACCCAUUGUUGCAAGUUCUGGUUUAACCUCAUUGGAGGGACAGAAUAUCCACACCAGAGGUCCUUACAGUAUAUCACUUUCCUUCUCAAAGAUGGACAAGAUUCUCGCUUUUCAUCCUGACGAUAUGGAUGUGGUGGUUCAGCCUGGUGUUGGAUGGCAGGAGUUGGACGAUUUUCUAAAAGAUGACCCGAAAGGCAAGAACUUACUUUUUGGUCCUGAUCCAGGCAUUGGAGCAAACAUUGGAGGUAUGGUUGGUACCAGUGCCAGCGGAACCAAUGCCUUCAAGUAUGGAACAAUGAAGGAAAGUGUUGUCAAUCUCACUGUUGUGUUGGCAGACGGAACUGUGAUCAAGACAAGACAAAGACCAAGAAAGUCAAGUGCUGGAUAUGAUUUGACAAGGUUGUUUAUCGGAACUGAAGGUACGGCAGGUGUUGUUACUGAAAUCACCUUGAAGUUGCAUAUACGUCCAAAGGUGGAAUAUAUCACUGUUGUUGCUUUCCCCACGAUCAAAGAUGCCGCAGCUGCAGCACAGACCAUUAUCUCAAGAGGCAUUCAACCAAAUGCAAUGGAGCUUUUGAACGAUACAAUGAUGGCAUGGGUCAAUGGAACCUCUUCAGGAAAGAAAUGGUUGGAAAAGCCCACAUUGUUUUUCAAAUUGGGUGGUCCCUCUGAUCAAGCUAUUGAUGAACAGUACAAAGUCGUCAAUGAAAUUGCUUUCCAAAACAAAGCCCUCAAGAUUCAAAAAAGUACAAAUCCCGAGGAGAAUGCCGAAUUGUGGGCAGCUAGGAGAAAUGGGCUUUGGUCAACUUAUGAGUAUGGUGCUAAGGUAUUGAAGGACCCUAACGACGUUCAGCUCUGGACAACUGAUGUGGCAGUACCAGUUUCCAAACUAGCUGAUGUUAUUAGUGAAAUUAAUGAUGAUUUGGUUGCAGAUGGUUUCGAAGGAAAAUUCUCGGUAUUAGGUCAUGUAGGAGACGGUAAUUGUCACUUUCUUAUUCUUUACAACUCACCAGACUAUGGUAGAGUUCAAGCUGGUGUUGAUCAAAUGGUGCGCCGUGCAUUGAAUUACGAAGGUACAUGUACUGGAGAACACGGUGUUGGUGUUGGAAAAAGACAAUAUAUAAUUGACGAGCUAGGUCAAUCAACUAUUGAUGCAAUGAGACAGAUUAAGCUAGCUUUAGAUCCAAGAAGAAUAUUGAACCCAGACAAGGUAUUUAAAAUUGAUCCAAAUGAUGAUUUAGAUGAGCAAUUGAGCACAGGUCAAAUUAUUGAGAAGCAUGAGUGCAAAUUGAACCAUUAA